CUGGCCGGUCCAAUUUAACAGCGCUCGCCAAUGGCAUGAAGUCGCUCUCUCGAGAGUUCACCUAGGCGAGCGAUGGAGACGCGGCCUCUCGCCGUUCUGGUCUCCUCCCUCGUCUCUCAAGCGCUCCUCCUCCUCCUACUAAUCUUACAAUCCAACCCUAACCUCAUCAUCCCCUCCCCUCUUUCCCAAACCCUCAUUACUCUCCUUCAUCUCUUCUCUUCCCCCAAUCUAACCGCCGCCACCUCUCACCUUCCCCUCAAACGUAAGCGUCGUCUAGAAAUUGAUGAAUUGGAAAUACAGGAGGAGGACGAGGAGGAGGAGACAGAAGAAGAUGACAACGAUCAUCGAAUCAUUGAAGAAAUGACCCCCUGCAGUGCCCUCGCCCCUCAUCCCAAUCCUGAUCACUUCAAGCUUCACUUCGGGAUGCGCUCGGCUACCUUUGACUGGCUUGCCAGUCUGCUCGAUCCCCUCAUCGACUCCCGUGACCCCAGCGGCUCCCCAUUCCGAUUACCGACCACCACACGCCUCGCUCUCGCCCUAGCCCGCCUCUCCACUGGCGCUGACUACGCUGACCUUUCCUCCCGCUUCUCCGUCUCCGAGCCUGCCGCCCGCUUCUGCACCCGACACCUCUGCCGAGUCCUCUGCACCAACUUCCGCUUCUGGCUAGCCUUUCCCUCCUCUCCUGAAUUACUUCGCCCUGUCUCCUCCGGCUUUUCCUCCCUUGCGGGCCUCCCUGGCUGCUGCGGUGCUUUAGCGCCUGCCCGCUUUCACCUUCACCGAGGCCCAGCCACUGCCUUUCUCGUUGCCGACGUUUCCUCCAGGAUCCUAAGCUUCUCUGUCAAGUUCCAUGGCGAACGCUCGGGCUUUGAGGUUCUCAAGCAAUCCUCUUUGUAUAAAGACGCCAUGGAGGGGCGGCUUCUGGGGCCGGAGCAAUACCUUGUUGGAGAUGAAAGUCAGAACCUUUAUCCUUGGUUGAUGGUUCCCUUUGCAAAGCCAGUGCCGGGGUCUUGUGAAGAGGACUUCAAUUUGGCACUUCGUGUGAUGUGCUGGCCAGCGAGAAGAGCAAUCUACAGCCUCCAUAACUGGAGAGUUUUGAGCCGGCUGGAGAAGGAGAGUGCUAAGGUGGCCGUUGCAUUUAUUGGGACUUGUGCUAUACUUCAUAAUAUUUUACUGAUGAAGGAGGACGAUUCGGCACUGGCGGAUGUAGGUGAGGAUUUCUUAUUGAGUUCUGAGCAAUAUAGGAAUGAGGAAAAGCAUACUGCUGACAAGAAGGCUAUCUUACUUAGGAGUACUUUGGCUGUGAAAGCAAGGGAAUCUGGAACACUUUAAAUUCGGUCUUCAGUAGACACUGGACUUGCUUGCUGUUCAACCUUAAUGAAGUAUGAGUGAUGAGGACAUCAGGACAUGGAAGAUUUAUUAGAGGCAUGGCCGUCGAUCUACGGCCACGAUUUCACUGCUCUACUUUUGAUUUUCGUAUUUAUUAUUGAUGUAUUAGUUUUUAUUUAUGAAGUUUUAUUAUGCUUUUCUAUUUUUGCCCGCCCUUAAGGGCUUAGGUAUGUGUAAGCCCUAGGGGCAUUGUAGUACUUUUUAUUUUCUCAUUGUAUGGGCUAUUUAAAACCUCCCUCUUCUUCUUUGAGGGUUAAUGAAUGAAUUAGAAGAAAAUUCUUGCA